CGUCGUUGCGAGAAGGUGUGUUGUCGCUCGCUCCCACCUCGCGUCAUCUGUGACCUGAGAGAGAGAGAGAGAGGAGGGAAAAAAAAUAUAUUAAAAAAAAGGAAGAUAGUAAGAAUAGUUGAUGAAUAGACAUCACUCACAUCGCUGUUGCUGAGUCUGAUUUUUUAUUAUCAGCAAUAUUGUGUUUUAUGUGUGUGGAUGUUAAGGAGAAUUAAAAGAAGAUUGAUAAUUAAAAGCAUCGAUUAAAACGUGUGUGUGCGGUGGGGAUAAGAGUUCAUAAAACGUUCCCUGAGGUAUAUUUUAACAAGGGAAUGAGUGAACGAAUUCGGUAAUUGGAUACUGGAAAAGAAAAGAAAAGAAAAAAGAAAAAAAAAGAUUGCUCGGAUAUAGGCCUAUGUCGGUGCGAAAACUCGGCUGGUUGGAGAUAUUUUGAACUUUUUGAAAUUAUUCUUCACGUGGUUUGAUGUGCUGUGUCUGGCGAGCGCGCUUGGGAGAAAUGGAGUAAGGAAAGAGCUUUUAGAUAAAAAGGCCGUAGCGGCAGGCGCGCCCCCCAUGACUCUGAAGACUGGCUCUCGGCGGGCCACGGCGCCCCCCACAAGCACUCGAAGGCGCCCGUCGACAUCCUGCCCGCCCACGACGCGGCGGCGCCCAAGCUGCCAGCCCACAGGGGCCUCACGACGCUGCCCAACGGCGACGUGACGCUGCGGCGCGGCCUCAGGAACCCGUUCUCGACGCUCAUGAAGGGCGGCACGCGGGAGUGGCGCGUGCGCAGCGUGGAGGACGUGCUGGAGGCCGAGGGCGGCGACUACGGCUUCCUGGAGUACUACUCCCUCAGGAGGACGUCGUCUAGGGACACGGCGCUGACCGACCCGCGCGCGGCGCUCUCCUACGGCACGUGGAGCCACCUCAACUCCGCGUGGGCGCGCUGGCCGGACGCCGCGCCCGCGCAGUUCUACCCGGGCACGCUCGGCCGCGCGGACAAGGACCAGCGCCGCCUGUGCGAGCACCGCCACCGCGCAGCUUACCACCUGGAGGAGCCGUGGCGCCCGGAGGACAUGCGGACGUCCACGCCGCUCUCGUCCACCACGUCCUCCACGCACGACGGGCCCCCGGCGCCGCUCGCGCACCAGCAGAGCCAGCAGGACGCCCCGCAGGAGGGCCCGCAGGAGGGCGGGCGGAGGGAGGGCAACCGGCGCGGCGUCGUCAAGAGGAACUCGCUGCUGUGGCGGCUGCGCCCCGAGCGCUGGCGGACGGACGGGUCGCUGCGCCGCGCCCGCAGCCGCGACGACGGCCUCGCCGCCGCCCGCGAGCGGCGCAAGGGCGACUUGGGGGCGUCGCAGCCGGACCUGCUGACGUCACACCGCGCGCCCGACGACGGCGGGCAGUGCGACGUGGUGUCGCCGGCGCCCCUGUCCAUCCUGCCGCCCACCACGCGUCGGGCCGCCCAGAGCGAGACACUCCCCCGCAAAAUCCGCCACAAUAGCAAGGACGCCCACGCCGCCCACACCCUGCUGGCGCGCGGGCGGCGGUGGCUGCACAGCGCCAGCCUGGGCCGCGCGGACCGCAACACGGACCGGGGCGAGUCCGAGAUCAUGGUUCAGCCGGAGACGCUGCCGACGCGGCCCGCCCUCGACGACGCCGACCACCAGAACAGCGACAAGAACAACAACAACACCAACAACAACACCGGCCUGCCGCUCAGCGCCCGCAAGAUGAACGCCAAGAACCGGCUGGUGGCGGCCGAGGUCUACGGCAGCCUGGGCCGCGGCGGCGUCGAGGCCGAGUGGUGGCGCCAGGGCCGCGACCGCUCGCGGCGCCCGCGCACCUUCUACCUCCUGGAGGACUACCUGUCCCCCGUGCGAGCCGCAGGGGGCGUCGCGCCCGCUGGAGUCGUCCUCGACGAGUACGUUGGCCGCGCCCCACGCCUCGUCUUCAGGGAGACGUCCCACGAGGCGCCGCAGCGCCCCGUGCCGCCCACACCCGAGUGGGACACGCCCUCGCUCUCGCCGCCGCCCUCCAGCGUGGUCAGCGGGCAGCAGCCCACGCCCGCGCCGCCCACCGCGCACCAGCACCCCGCCCUGCCCGGCGGGCGCAGCCUCUUCGUGGACGCCAUCAUCCCGUCGCCCGAGAAGAGCUGCGGCUCCAGCGUGUACUCGCCGGUGUUCUCGCCGCGGGACUCGGGCUACCCGCGCUUCGUCACGCCCGAGCUGGCCCUGCCCGAGCUGUCCGUGCCCGAGCGCGCCCCGCCGCCGUGA